CUGAAAAUCCGAUCUGCUCUUCCGACGGCCUAUGACCCGCCGGAGGCCGACAUGGCCAUUUCGGGGAGGCCGCUGGACCCCUCUCCUUCGCCUCUUAGUUUCACGACACCUUCUGCACAAAGCGUUCCAUUAUCACCUCCAUUGAACUACAAGUUGGCACUGGCGGGAUCCCCGACUCCAACCCCGGCCAAGGCCCAACAAUGGACAUUCAUCGGAGAGCACGAUUUGGAAGUCGGGCUCUACAAUGGAGAACCUGAGCUAAAGAUCUCUUCCCAGCUCAAAGAACGUCUCUGCUUACCAUGGAAGCGAACGUUGGUGGCGCGUCUUCUGGGGAAAUCAGUUUCUUACCAAUACAUAUGUUCGCAGCUCCGUUGGAAAUGGAGACCAGCUGGGAGUAUGGAGAUCCUCGACCUGAACAAUUCAACUUUCUUGGUCAACUUCAGCAAUGAGAAGGAUUAUCUUAAUGCCCUCACCGGCGGUCCAUGGGUGAUCCUUGAACAUUAUUUGGUCGUCCAUCAAUGGUCGCACACAUUCAGAACAUCGGACAAACCUCAUCGGUCGGUGGUAGCAUGGGUUCAGCUUCCCGAGCUACCGAUGCACUUUUACCACCAGGAAGUGCUCUUUGCACUAGGGAACAUUCUGGGAAGAUCGGUCAAGCUAGAUUAUCAUACAGAACACAAGGAAAGAGGAAAAUUCGCUAGGAUCGCCGUGGAACUUGAUAUGACCAAGCCUCUGAAGACGCGAAUCCGCUCGAUGGGCGGUCGUGUCGGAUAUGCUACAGUUACCGGAGGGCAACCCGCCGGAGCCACCGGCCGGUUACGGCCCAUGGAUGCAGGUGACUCAGAACGGAGCCAGAAUAGGAAAGGUCAGACCAACCAUGGAUCCGCCCAAGUCAAUCCAACGGGCAGAAGCAAUGAAGCCGGGAAAGCGUUGUCCAAAACGGGAAAGAAACCAAAAGAUGAACAAGGCAACUCUAAUAUCUCGCGAGACAGGAAAGGUAAGGAGGAGCUGGAAGGGGUUCCGAAAAAGGGAAAGGCCACUUCACAAAUGGGAAAGGCCAACGUCUCCGAAGUCAACUUAGCUAAGGAAAGUCCAGUUUCAGGCCCAACUCAGGUAUGGCGAAUGGUGGGCCUUAAGACCAAGGAGGUCUCUAAACCCUCUAACUCACAGCCCAUAGGAGAAACAACUACUGAAGCAGACUUAACCAUGCUGGACCAAUCCGAAAACGAGCCCAUUAUGUUGAACCCGACCCACAAGCCCUCUGCAGCCCAACCUGACCCUCCGCUCGGUAAUGUUAUCUCGACGCCAGGUGAAAAUGCUUCUCCCCAAAUAAGCAACUCCAUUCGCGAGCAUCACAGGGGGAAAGCAAAGCAAGCUCGCGCCUCUCCGAAGAAGAAGAAGGAUUCCAUCCUCCGAGUAGCAAAAAAGAGCCACGACCCACGUUCUGGAUCGGGGAACAGUAAGCGAUCAUCAAAAAAGCAGAGCAACCCAGCUCACCGCAAAGCGGUCGAGGAGCUCCUUGACCAAAUCCAGUCCCUGCCGCCUGUUGGAGCUUCGAGUUCGGGAUCCAAGGAGAAGAAUGAGGAUAUGGAAGUCAUCGCUGAGCCUCAGUCCACUGGUAUCGAAGGGGACCAGGAGCCAGUUGCGACCGCUCUGGAGGGCAGUGAAUUCCCACUGCCACUGCGAGUCAGGGAAGAGUGGAUUAGGCUCUUCCCAGAUAUUGUCUCAACGAACCUGCCAAAGCUCCGCUCGGAUCAUAGACCAAUCCUCAUCAGUAGCAAUAAUGACCAUAUUCCCCCUAGACCGGAUCUUCAAGCACAUCUUACUCGUUGGAACAAAGAGGUGUUUGGGAACAUAUUCUGGAGGAAAGCAAAACUGUCAAGGCAGCUUGCCCGCCUGGAGGUUCAGAACGAGAUGGCAGCGAGUGAUGCAUCCCUUAGACAGGAAGGGAAAAUUCGAGAGGAUCUUGAGCAGACGUCAUGGCAGGAAGAGCUCCUAUGGCUUCAGAAAGCGAGGGCGAAUCAAAUUGUGAGCGGGGACAGGAAUACACGAUGCUUCCACACUGCAGCUCUUACGAGACGGCGGAAGAACAGAAUAACCAAGUUACAGCGGGAGGAUGGGAUUUGGAUCGAGGAUCCGGAGAUGCUGAAGCUUAUGGCCAGGGAGUUCUAUGUCAGGCUUUAUUCUGAAGACGGAACGGGGCAACAAGAUAUCCCUGCUCUUUUCAAUGUUUUGACCGGGACCAUGACAGUCACCAAAGAUACCGACAAGUUCAUCUUGGAGAAGAUUGAUCAUCGACUUUCAGGGUGGAAGGCGAGGAGGUUUUCCCUGGCAUGGAGAGUGACCUUGGCAACCUCGGUCCUUAAUGCCCUUUCGAAUUAUGUCAUGCAGACGGCAGUUCUCCCUGUUUCUGUUUGCGACAUCAUUGACAGGAAAGUUAGAGCCUUUAUCUGGGGAGCAGAAGACGGGGUAUCCAAGUCUCACUUAGUCAAAUGGGAAACCAUUUGUAAACCAAAAGAACUUGGUGGCCUGGGCAUGCGGUCUGCAAGAGCUCUCAAUUUAUCCUACAUUAUGAAGCUGGGAUGGGCCUUUCUUAACAAGUCAGAGGAGCUUUGGGUCCGUGUCCUGCAGAGAAAGUACUUCAAAGUCAAUGAGGCAGGGGCUUUGGUGAUGAAAAAAAGCAACUUCUCGCGGCUAUGGAAAGGAAUUGUUGAUACGUGGCCUAUCCUUAAGCAGCGGGCGGUGUGA